AUGUUGGUUCCACGUAGAGCCCGAAUCCAAGAAGCCAAGAAACUCAUAAGUGCUAAACAAGAAAUGGGUGGAAACAAGAAGUCAUUCUUCUCGUUCUUUAGCAUCUUCAGGUCCAAGAAGAGUGCAACAGGAGGGGAUGAUACUUGGGAUGAGGCCGUGAAGGCUUACAAAGUGUAUCCUAGUGAUCAAGACCGAGGUGGAAGAUGGGCUGAUCCUCGUAUUGACAGUAAAGCUUCGGCUUACAUUGAUGACAGGACCAACAAAUGGAACACAAACGAUGUAUCAAGCUGA